AUGUGUUCGGACUGUCAGAUCGGAACAUACGAUCGAUCGGGCUUACAGAAGGAGUCCACCAUCCCCCGAGCAUUAUUUCUUCUCCAUACCGCUAAGCCUGAUCAGCGGGCCGCCUCACCAAUUUGGCAGGUGAGCAGGGGAAAAUCUCAACAUCUGAUGGGCUCGCCUAGCGGCUUUCUCUGCCUUCUUCAAGAAUAUUUAAAAUCCGUUGCUAUACUUCUAUCCACCUCGGAUCGGAAGAAUGAGACCAUCAAUAGGACACGAGAACGAGAACCAGAGGGCUCCGGGUUCCAGAAGUAAUGUAACCAUCUUACACCUCUAGCCUGCUUUUCAGGCCACUUUCCUUUUUCGCUCUGGUUGUCCCGUUCCCCUAAAAAUGCUCUACGAUACUUUUCGCACUUUUACUGCUGGUCCCAGGAUGCAAUAGGCUGCAGAUUGCCAACGGCUGGAGUCGCCAAGGUCUUCUAGGGAUCUUUCCCGCCUCCCCAAUCCAUGAUCCCAUGCCCGUUUCCGCAUGGGAAGGGCCAAAGAAGGGGAAAAGGAAGCCACGAAAAGAAAGGGAUAACUAUGCAUGGGACUUUUAUGUCGUCAUAUGCACUAAGAAACAAAGACCCCAAGUGGA